CCGGGCUUACCCAAGGCACGUUGCUCCAAUCAUGCCAGACCUAGUUCCAGAUUCUGAUUGAGUCCUACAGAAACGCCCCUCUAUCGUUUGAAAAGAGAACAUCUUUCGAAAGUACCACUACCUCAACUCAACUUAUUCAUUCACCUUUGGGUCCUGAAGGCAUUCGAUCAAACAUUGAAUUCCUGAUUCUCAGUUGCUGAUUAGAAGACAGGACUCGUGCCUAAUCUAGAACCUCUACAUGAAUUCAAUUCCUUACGAAUCAACUGGUAGGGGGAGGCCUUUUGAAAGGUAUGUGGUUGCAGAUGAACAAACUGUGUUCUGGAUAUACAAGCCUACAGCACGUACAAAUGAAUACCUCCAUAUCUUCAGUCUAGCUAUGACAAUAGACGCUUGCUUGGACCAGCUUUUGCCAAAUACUAUCAUAUCAUGCCGCUGGUUAGUCGUCCUUCAAUGGUCUUCGUUCGGAAACUACCUUCUUACCGCGCACAAUCUCGAUGUCGGGUAGGACGCCUGGUUUGGCAACCUCGCGUUUUGCAUUCUUAUAAAAGGACUCCUUUUUUGGCUUCUGGUUGAGAAGCAGACCCACAACUCCAUAACCACGGCCCCCACCUGAAGAGUUUUCAUCAUCAUCAUCAUCAUCACUAUCGAGGUCACUCAUGGAGCUUUCAACUUCCGAUUGGUUCCUAAUCUGCCCCAAUCCCGAAGCAACAUUUGUGUUCUGUUGAUAAUCAGUUGCCUUGCUUCUUGCAGCUUCCAGGCGCUUUGUCAUAUUCGCUUGCUUCUGCUCUGCAGUAGAUGUCAAUCUGGGCUGCUCAGCAUCUGACGAGACUGGUGCCGCCCCUCCAUCUGUGGAGCUAUUACAUGCCCGGAUCCUCGCACAUCGCAAAAAGGACGCUGUGUGGUGGCCAGGCAACCUCUUCUUCGUUCACAGGUCUGGGGACAAUGUCUUCCGCCAUGGUCAGCCCCCUCUGCUGUUCCCCUGCCUUUUGCCAUGGCAUCUCCGGCACCAGCUUCAGGCAGAGCUCAGCUCUCUCUUUCACUCUGCCAGCUGGCCCCCUUUUCCCCCGUCAAAGGCACUCCAGCAGCCUAGUCAGGGCCGCAGUGUCGUCCAUUGUAGCCCCUAGCUUGGCUGAGGUGAAGGGCAAGAAAGACGAGGCAAAGGGCAAGAAGAAGAAGAAGAAGGGCAGCGAGCAGGACGAGGAGGUGCCGUCCAAGGCCGCUGUAGUGGAUAAAGCGUCAGCAGGGCUGGGGGCGGGGCCCAAGGGGGGUGACAUUGAAGCGGCGGUGCAGGAGGCAGUGGCGGUGGUGGAGGAGGUGGUCACCAACACGGGGUUCGAGGAGCGCAGCCUGGAGGCCGUGCGGGCGGCGCUGGCAGAGAGGCCGCGCCAUAGGGAGGGGUCUAUGCAGCUCGUCAAGGGGGUGACGGCUGCGGGCAACAACCGCGAGGAGAAGGUGGUGAAUGCGAUUGCGGGGUGGAACGAAUCCAUCACCAAGGCCUGGCGGGACACCAAGUGCGCCGCCAUGGCAGCCUCGCCCUUUGGCCUCUACCGAGGUACUUCGCACCUGUUCUGGGCAGACUUCAGUGGUGACUGGCGGAUGGCCCGCUUUGGCAGCCCCAAGACCCGCACCUGGCUGCUUGGCGACAUGCACAUCUAUAACAUGGGCGCGUUCCUUAACUCCCAGGAGCAGGUCUGCUACGGCCUCAACGACUUUGACGAGUCCGUCAUUGGCGACUACCAGUACGACGUGUGGCGGCUGGCCAUCAGCCUGGUGCUGACUGCCCGCCAGAACAACAUCCGCAAGGUGGACACGGAUGCGCAGCAGGACAUCGUGCUCGCGUUUGCGGAUGCCUACCUGAGCACGGUGGUCGGGUACGAGCGUAAAGAGGGCGGGCGCACCUUCACCAAGGCCAACACCCGCGGCCCGCUCAAGGCCUUCCUCAAGCAGCUCACCAAGAGCGAGGACACCACGCGCGAAGCCAUGCUCGAGAAGCUGUGCCGCAAGGACGCGGCGGGCCACUACGUGGCGUUCGACUACGAGCGGCAGGCCGCAAAGGCCCCCGAGAAGCAGAAGCUGACGCCCGCGACGGCCGACGAGCGCGCCGCGGUGUCCGCAGCGUUCAAAGCGCACUAUGUGGCGAGCCUGAUGCCCGCGGUGCGCGAGCGCGUGCUGGCGCAGGGGUGGCCCGAGGAGCUGGUGCUGGACGUGGCGCACCGCAUCAACAGCGGGCUCGGCUCGCUGGGCAUGCCGCGCUACUACGUCCUGCUGGACCACCGCACCAACAUGCACGCCGACGAGGACCAGCUGCCGAUCGUGGUGGACGUGAAGCUGCAGGGGGGCGGCCCACGCGGGCGGCCGACCCCGUUCUACUUCAUGGACCGCAACGAAAAGGCCGAGUACGAAGCCAUGUUUGCCAACGAGGGGGAGCGGCACUUGCGCGCGUGCCAGGCGCUGACCGACGCCACCGACCCGUACCUGGGCUAUUUAACGCUGCCUGGGGGCGGCCACUUCAGCGUGCGCGAGCGGACGCCCGUGAAGGAGAGCUACCCCGCGCUGGCGGUGGAGGCGGUGAAGGAGUUCAAGGACCUGCUGCUGGACGGGCGCGACGAGUGGGUGCACAUGGCGCGCUCCUGGGGGACCAUCCUCGCGACCCUGCACGCGCACGCGCCGCACGACUUCGACGCCAAGAUGGGCCGCUUCCAUUUCCGGCAGGAGGUGGACCAGCUGACGCGCCACUUCCGCACCGAGUUCGGGGACCUCCUCUGGCAGGUUGCACAUGGGUACGCACUGCAAGUGGAGCAGGACUACCUGUACUUCAAGUCGAGCAAGCUGGUGCCAGACGACAGCCGCUCAGCCAAGUGACCUCUCCAUACCAACCAAAAGAGCGCACGCGCUCUCUAUGCACAUGCCAAGGCAUACGGCAAAGCAACAUGGCACGAACACCUCAGCGCGGAGAACAGCACCGCGGAGAUAGCCACGGCCCAGCAAUGCUACCGAGAACGCAGAUGGUAGUAUAGGUGUAAGUACAGCUGUAGGGAACUAACGGACUCCUCGUAGACGGCCGAGCGGGCUCAGCUAGAUUUGACUAUCUCACACACUUUGGAUCUGCGCGGCCAAUAAUGUAGCACUAGUGCAAUGAUGCUUCUGGACGUUUCAGCAAGAUUGUAAGCAAAACGUAUCCAGAUUUAGCAGGAUGAGAUAGUCAAGGGCGAAUAGAGUUGCUUGUGGAGCUAGGUAGAAAGUAGCUAGCUAACAUAAUCUUUAAGGAUUCCAGUUAGUGCUGACUGUAGCUAGACUCAUGCAAAUCUGAGCUGCAGUGCCGGUGUGUCAAACAUUACUGUGUGGCAUGAUGCACAUUACGUAGUCACUUUCGAAUUGGUUGCUAUAGGUGGUCCAUCGACUAAAAUGAACAGGGCCGGGCCACUCGGAUGAACUCGGA